AUGCCUGGCGAGAUUUCUUCAAACGGCAGUGCGCUGCAGGGCAUGCUUGAUAGCGUCGCUCCUUCGCUGCGCGCUGCACUGGUCGGCAGUGCCCCGCCAUCCCGCACGCCAUCACCCGCCCCUCCUGCGACGUCGGAGCCCAUGGACGUGCCGUCGGACGGCCCCAUGAUGCUCGAACUUGCAGACGGGGGCGAGUUUCAAGGUUUUAGUUUCGGCGCACAAGGCGUGAGCGUCUCGGGUGAAUGCGUCUUCCAAACGGGUAUGACAGGCUACGUCGAGUCACUGACAGAUCCUUCGUACGAGGGCCAGAUUCUCGUGCUUACUUACCCUCUUGCCGGCAACUACGGCGUGCCUGCGCGCCCCCUUGAAGACACGCUCCCGCGCCUCGCCGCGCCGUUCGAGUCGUCGCGCAUCCAUAUCGCGGGUCUUGUGGUGGCCUACUACAGCCACGAUUUUAGCCACUACCUUGCCGCGUCAGGCCUUGGCGACUGGCUCAAGCAAAGUGGCGUUCCUGCCGUGUACGGCAUCGAUACGCGUGCACUCACAAAACGCAUCCGGACCAAAGGCAGCAUGCUUGCUCGUCUUCUUGCGCCCGCACGCCCAAGUGGCGACAUCAUGGGAAGCGACUGGCGCUCGCACUUCCUCGAUGUCGCGUGGCUCGAUCCCAACGGCGAGCACCUCGUCCGGCGCGUUUCGAGGACUGCGGUGUCGCUUUAUACGCCCCAAGACACCGCGCCUGCUGGACUGCGCACGGUGAAUGAGCCAGCGCUUCUGCACGCGGACGGGCGCCCUAUUCGCGUUCUUGCGCUGGACAUGGGCAUGAAGAUGAACCAAAUCCGGUGCUUUACAUCGCGCGGUGUCGAGCUUCUUGUCGUGCCAUGGGACUAUGACUUUUUGAAUGGUCCCGAAGAAUACGAUGGACUGUUUAUCUCCAACGGGCCCGGCGACCCCACACUGUGCACUGCCACGAUCGAGCGCCUCCGCGCGCUCCUUGGCCGCAAAGACGACAUGAUUCCCAUCUUUGGCAUCUGUCUCGGCCACCAGCUGCUCUCCCUUGCAGCAGGCGCACAAACGACCAAGAUGAAGUACGGCAACCGCGGCCAAAACAUACCAUGUACGGACCAGCUCAGCGGCCGCUGCUACAUCACCUCGCAGAACCACGGCUACGCUGUGGAUGCCAGCACACUCCCUCCGGGCUGGACAGAACUGUUUGUCAAUGCCAACGAUGGGAGCAACGAGGGUAUUUACGCAACGCAUGCACCCUAUUUCUCUGUUCAAUUUCAUCCUGAGAGCACGCCCGGCCCCCGGGACACAGAGUACUUGUUUGACGUUUUUCUCCGCUCUGUCGUUGACUGCGCUGCUAUCCGCCGUACGCACGGUCCCGGUGCGCCAUUGAAACAGGUUGCUUUCCCCGGCGGCAAGCUCGCUGACCACGAGGCAGCCUUUCCCCGUCUGCACCCCCGCAAAGUGCUCGUCCUUGGCUCUGGCGGUCUGAGCAUUGGCCAGGCGGGCGAGUUUGACUACAGCGGCUCACAGGCCAUCAAAGCGCUCAACGAAGAAGGCGUUUACACCAUUCUUGUUAACCCCAACAUUGCCACGAUUCAGACCUCGGCGGGCCUGGCGGACAAGGUCUACUUUUUGCCCGUUACCCCCGAAUUUGUUCUCAAGGUCCUUCAAUACGAGCGUCCCGACGGCAUCUACUGUACGUUUGGCGGCCAAACGGCGCUCAACGUCGGUAUCCGCCUUAAAGACGAGCUUCCCAAGCUCGGCGUGCGCAAUUUGGGCACGCCGAUUGAGACCAUCAUCCAGACAGAGGACCGCGAUCUUUUCUCGCGCGCGCUCGCCGAGAUCGGCGAGAGCUCCGCGCCGAGCGCAAGCGCCAACAACUGGGAAGAGGCGCUCCAGGCGUCCAAGGAUAUUGGUUUUCCCGUUAUUGUCCGUGCCGCCUACGCGCUCGGUGGCCUUGGCAGUGGAUUUGCAAAAGAUGUUGACGAGCUCCGCCAGCUGUGUCACGCAGCGUUUGCCAACAGUCCGCAGGUGCUUGUGGAGAAAAGUAUGAAGGGCUGGAAAGAGAUUGAGUACGAGGUGGUGCGCGACUGCCGCGACAAUUGCAUCACGGUUUGCAACAUGGAAAACUUUGACCCUCUUGGCGUGCACACUGGCGACUCGAUCGUCAUUGCUCCCAGCCAGACGCUGAGCGACGAAGACUACAAUAUGCUGCGCACGACCGCGGUGAAUGUCAUCCGCCACCUCGGUGUCGUCGGCGAAUGCAACAUCCAGUACGCGCUGAAUCCACACAGCCGUGAGUACUGCAUCAUCGAAGUGAAUGCGCGUCUCUCGCGCAGCUCUGCACUGGCGUCCAAAGCGACGGGCUAUCCAUUGGCCUUUGUCGCUGCUAAGCUCGGCCUCAACAUUCCCCUCAACGAGCUGCGCAACAACGUCACGCGCGAAACCUCGGCAUGCUUUGAGCCGAGUCUCGACUAUGUCGUGACCAAGAUCCCGCGCUGGGACUUGCGCAAGUUUGAGCGGGUUAGUUCCAAGCUUGGCAGCUCUAUGAAGAGUGUCGGCGAGGUGAUGGCUAUUGGCCGCACGUUUGAAGAGAGCUUCCAGAAAGCUAUCCGCUCCAUCGACCCGAGCUUUGACGGCUUCGGCAAGAAUGACAUGGUCGCGGAUGCAGAGAUUGACGAGGAACUGCAAGCGCCCACCGACAAGCGCGUCUUUGCGAUUGCCAAUGCCAUGGCGAAUGGGUACAGCGUCGACCAAAUCCACGCGCUCUCCAACAUUGACAAGUGGUUUUUGAGCAAGCUCCACGGCAUUAUGCGUGCUGCGUUUACUCUCGAGGCCAACACCGCGCUCCCAUCUGCUCUUUUGCGGAAGGUCAAGCAGCUUGGCUUUAGCGACCAGCAGAUUGCGCGGCGGAUCGCCAGUGCCGAGCUUGCCGUGCGCCGCCGGCGCCACGAGCUUGGCAUCACGCCGUUUGUCAAGCAAAUCGACACGGUCGCUGCCGAAUUUCCUGCGCAGACCAACUACUUGUACAUUACGUACAAUGCUGUCGAACACGACAUCACCUUUAACGACCACGGCGUCAUGGUGCUUGGCUCGGGUGUCUACCGCAUCGGCUCCUCGGUCGAGUUCGAUUGGUGUGCCGUGCGUGCGAUUCGCACUUUGCGCGACCACAAGUACAAGACCGUGAUGGUGAACUACAACCCCGAGACAGUGUCUACGGACUAUGACGAGGCAGACAAGCUCUACUUUGAAAACAUCUCGCUCGAGACCGUGAUGGAUAUCUACGAGCUGGAGCACUCUCAAGGCGUGAUCAUCUCCAUGGGCGGUCAAACGCCUAACAAUAUUGCUUUGCCACUCCACCGCCAAGGCGUCAAGGUGCUGGGCACCUCGCCAGAGAUGAUCGACAUGGCCGAAAACAGGUACAAGUUCUCGCGCAUGCUCGACAAGAUCGGCGUCGACCAGCCCAUGUGGAAAGAGCUGACGAGUUUGGAAGACGCGUACAACACGUGUGCACGCUUUGGGUACCCCGUCCUGGUGCGUCCUUCCUACGUGCUGAGCGGUGCGGCGAUGAAUGUCGUCUACUCGCCCGAGGACCUGAGCAGCUACCUGUCGCAGGCCUCGGCAAUCAACCGCGAGCAUCCGGUUGUAAUUACCAAGUACCUCGAAGGCGCUAAAGAGAUUGAGAUGGACGCGGUUGCCAAAGACGGCACCAUGAUCAUGCACUACGUCUCGGAGCACGUCGAGAACGCGGGUGUGCACUCUGGCGACGCCACACUCAUUCUUCCUCCCCAGGACCUCGAGCCGGAAACGGUGCGCCGCAUUGAAGAGGCCACGGGCAAGAUUGGCGCCGCGCUCAAUGUCACAGGCCCGUUUAAUAUUCAGUUUAUUGCGAAGAACAACGAGAUCAAGGUGAUUGAGUGCAAUGUGCGCGCCGCACGCUCGUUCCCGUUUGUCUCCAAAGUCACAGGCAUCGAUGCAAUUUCGCUUGCGACGUGUGCAAUCAUGGACAUCCCCGUGGAGCCCUAUCCGUCUGUGGAACUUCCCCACCAGUACGUUGGUGUCAAGGUUCCCCAGUUUUCCUUUAGCCGCUUGGCGGGCGCUGAUCCCAUUCUCGGCGUGGAAAUGGCGUCUACCGGUGAGGUGGCGUGCUUUGGGCGCAACAAGUUCGAGGCGUACUUGCGCGCGAUGCUUGCUUCUGGCAUUCGACUGCCCACCAAAAAUGUCCUGCUUAGUGUCGGCAGCUACAGCGAGAAGCAGGAGCUGCUCCCGAGCGUGCAAACGCUCCACAACCUCGGCUUUACCUUGUACGGCUCCUCCGGCACCGCCGACUUUUACUCGGAGCACGGCAUCCCCGUCGUCCACCUCGAGGCCCUCCCUGAAGACGACGACUUUGGCAGCGACGAAAACAGCAAGGCAGCCUACUCGCUCUUGACGCACUUGACGCAGGGCGUGAGCAGUUUGUUCAUCUCUUUGCCGAGCAAGAACAAGUACCGCCGCCCCUCGUCGUUUACCUCGAUGGGCUAUCGCGCACGUCGUCUCGCGAUUGACCGCGCGAUUCCUCUGAUCACCAAUAUCAAGAACGCCAAGCUGUUUGUCGAGGCCAUUGCACUCUACCGCAAGCAGGGCAGCACGUUUGACAUCUUCCCUAUCGACGCAAAAACGAGCCACAUGACCUACACCUUCCCGGGCCUGUACGCCAUCCAAGCGUUUGUCCCGAGCAUCGCCUCACCCGAGCUGACCAGCGCACAGAUUGUGUCGUGCAGCCGCGCUGCUGCGCUGGGCGGCUUCACCGGCGUCAUUGUGCACCCGUGCGGCGUCGCGAAUGCAAUCAUCGACGGCGCGUCUCUCAGUGCCGCCGAGGCUGCGCUCGAAGGCGCGUGCCAUGUCGACAUGGCCCUCUUGCUGUGUGCGACGCCGCAACACGUGCGUGAGUUUGCCGAGCUUGCCCCGCGCGUCUCGGCGCUCUUUGUGCCGUUUGAGAAGAAUAGCGCAGUGCGCACAUCCCCAGCCACCGUCUCGUCCUACUUUGCCAACUGGCCCGAGGACAAGCUUGUGGUGACCGAUGCUGCCGGCGCGGAUCUUGCCUCGAUGCUGCUUCUCGCAAGUCUGCACAGCCGCAGGCUGCACGUCACCAAUGUGCACUCCAAAGACGACGUUUUGCUCAUUGCUUUGAGCAAGGCCAAAGGACUUUGUGUUACGUGCGACGUUACCGUCUAUGCGCUCUUCUUCAACACAGACAUGUACCCCACUGCUACUUGCAUCCCCAGCGCGGCAGAACAAGCAAGUCUUUGGGAGAAUCUUGCGCAGGUGGACGCACUGUCUAUUGGCGACGCACCAUACAUGCUCAGCCUCGAAGUCGGCCACCCCCCGUCGCCCACGGCAGGCCUCGAGGAAAGCAUGCGCCUUUUGCUCAACGCUGUGAAUGAGAACAAGAUCACACUCGGCGAUAUUACGGAGAAGAUGAGUAUGAAGCCGCGCGAAAUAUUCGGUAUGCCCGAGCAGCUUGACACGUCUGUCUCUGUCGAAGUCGACCGCGUCACCGACAGCAGCCCCACCGAAGGCUGGUCUCCGCUCGCGUCCACCGCGUUCCGUGGAACUGUCCACCGCGUCUUCUUCCGCGGCAGCACGGUGGCAUUGGACGGCGAGGUGCUCACAGACGCACCGCUCGGUGCCAAUGUUGGCGGCGUCGCUGCGCUGGCGUUCAAGUCGCUCGAUACGCCGCGCGUCUAUCCCGCUGAGGCUGCGCCGCCGUCGCCGACGCUUGCGCUGCGCUCGCCGCGCCGCUUUGCGCGCACCGAUAGUUUGCGGAAUGCCACGGCCCUCUCGGGCGGGCCCACGGCCAUGCUAGGGAUUGGCAAAGAAGGCGUUUUGCGCGACAUGCCCGCGCUCAGCUUGAAUGCGUCGCUGCUUUCGCCGGGCGUCCAGCUUUACAAUCCGACCUUUUCACGGCGCCACAUACUCUCGGUGAAGCAGUUUACCCGCGAGGACUUGCACGCGCUGUUUGCGGUAGCGCAGGAGAUGCGUUUCCAUGUUGAGCGCUACGGCGUGCUUGACUUGCUCCGCGGGCGUGUCAUGAGCACCAUCUUUUACGAGGAAUCCACGCGCACAUCGUCGUCUUUUGAGGCUGCUAUGGUCCGCGCGGGCGGCCAAGUGGUUGCGGUAAAUACGAGCAGGUCGUCGGUCGCCAAAGGCGAGUCGCUCGGCGAUACCGUGCGCACGCUUGGAUGCUACAGCGACGUGAUUGUCUUGCGCCACCCUGCCGUUGGCUCGUCGCAAGAGGCCGCCAAAGCGUCGCCUGUUCCGGUGAUCAAUGCGGGCGAUGGCAUUGGCGAGCAUCCCACGCAAGCGCUUCUCGAUGUGUUCACCAUUCGGGAGGAGCUCGGCACGGUGAAUGGCUUGACGAUUACGCUUGUUGGCGACCUCAAGAAUGGGCGCACGACGCAUUCUUUGGUGCGCCUCUUGAGUCUCUACGACGUCACACUCAACUUUGUGUCGCCGCCGUCGCUGGCAAUGCCGCGCGAAGUCGUGCGCGACAUUGCAAAGCAUGGGAUUACCAUGUACGAAACGGCAAACCUAGACCCGGUGAUUGGCCGCACGGAUGUUUUGUACGUGACGCGUAUUCAGCGCGAGCGCUUUGAUUCGGUAGAAGAGUACGAGGCGGUGAAGGGAUGCUACGUCGUGAACAAUGACGUGCUUGCAAGGGCAAAGGCGGAUACGGUUGUGCUGCACCCGCUUCCUCGUGUGGAUGAGAUUGAUCCCGAGGUGGACUUUGAUACAAAGCGCGCUGCAUACUUCCGCCAGAUGCGCUGUGGUCUGUUUAUUCGUAUGGCUUUGCUCGCAAUGGUGUUGCAGCCCAGUGAGCGCGCAUCGGCACCGUGA